GAUAUAACAUAUGCUGUUUUGGUAAAGUGGAGGAAAGGCGAGUAGAGGCGGCUGACGAGGUGACGCGUGCGUGCGUGGCGUCCAGCGUCCCCCUCCCCCGUCUCUCUCCCUUUCUCUCUGCAGUCUGCACGCCAAAAAAAAAAAAAGUCUUCAGCCAUCUCGACGGCUCGUCGGCUCGACCACUUCGCCUCCCCACCCCGCCGGAACCCUAACCCCAGCCGCGAGAGCUCCACCCGCCGCGCCGUGCCGAUGGGACGGUCGUUGUGAAUUGAAGUAGCUUGGAAGAGCAGUGUUAUGCACAGCGAUGGGAGACAAUGUCCUAAAACUCAGGGUGGGCUUCUCAGGGUAAACUGCAUUAUGGAUUCUGGCAACAGUUCAUGCUCUAGAACACGAAGUGGGCUUCUAAGAUUAAAGGGCUUACUGGAUUCCAGUGGUGUUUCGAGUUCUAGAACUCGAAGUGGCCUUUUAAGGAUAAAGAGCUUUGUGGAUUCCAGUGAUGGUUCAUGUUCGAGGUCACAAAGUGACCAUGUAAGAUGUAGCCCUCCUAUUGUCGAGGCUAUAAUAAAUGACGAAGCAGUCUUGAAGGAGUCUCCUGAUGGAUUGAUGAAAAAAGAGAUACCUGUUAGGACUCAAAAUGAGUUUGUUAGACAGAACUCUGCUGACAAGGCUGUAACCAAGGACGAUUCAGGCAUGCGGACGCUUCCCAAUGGGAGUUUGAGUGAAGAUAUGCCUUCUAGAACACGGAGUGGGCUGGUCAGGAGAAGCCCUACUGUUAAGACUUUAAGCAAGGAUCAAUCAGUCAUUAAUGGGCUGGCUGAUGGGUCACUGAAAGAAGACAUGCCUCUUGGAACACGGAGUGGCCUUGUCAGAGGAACCCUUGCUGCCAAGACUCCUGAUGGAUGGAUGAAGAAUGACAAGGCUGCUGGAACACGGAGUGGUCUUGGUGGUGGAAGAUUGGUAGCCAAGACUGUAAGCAAGGACAAAAGGGCUGUUGAGGGUUUGCCUGAUGGAUGGCGAAAAGAAUACAGGCCAAGGAAGAAUGGUUCAUUUCUGGAUGUGUACUACAUUGAUCCAGUCAGUGGAUAUGAAUUUCGCUCUUUUAAGGAUGUGCACCGUUAUCUUGAAACUGGAGAUAUUAGACAGUGCGCCGUGAGACCAAAGAAGAGUACCAUCUGCGAAGUUCAUAUAAUAGAAAGUCAAACUCAUGCAAGUGCAUCACCACAACACACGAGGCCUGGUACUGCGGAUAAGGGUAUUCAGUGUGAAAUAUUAACUUCGGAUGGUAUCAUGGUACCAUUGGGGGAACUGAUUGCUCCAUAUAAUGGAAAUGAUACUGAACAUACUGUGUUACCAGAGCCUGAGAACUUGAAAGCAAUUCAAGGGUCUGACAACAAGCUUGAGACUUCGGAACACGUGAGUGUUCAACCGGUUUCUGCACGUAAUGGUUCAAGGCAAACCAAAUCUGUUAAAAGGAAAGAACGAAAUGCAGAGGUCAAAUCCAAGAAGCGCAAAACCAGUUCUGCUGUGACUGCUGUUCGAGCGUCGCCCCGCUUAGCUGCAUUGAAGGUUCAGCUUGAAGUGAGCAUCAAACAUGAAGAUGCCAUGGUUAGCAUAAAUCAUGUGGACCAGGUACAGACUAUAGAAGAGAGCGCCAUUGAUCAGGCACACAAAAGCCAAUCGGGCUCUGUUGAUGAGAUACAUGGUAAUCUGGAAAGCACUUUCAGUCAGUUACAGUUGAGCCAAGCAGACACUGCUAAUGGAAUGCAGGCUAUGCAGGAAAACACUACCAUUCAUUCACAACCAAGCCAAUUGGAUACUCUGAAUCCUACACACAGAAGCCAGGAGAAUAGUGGCAAUCAGUUACAAUCGGUGCUCACAGAUUCUUCGAUUCCAAAACGAACCACACAGGAAUGCACUAUAGACGAGCCAAGCCAGCCAGGCAUAAAUCAUAUACACACAGAUCAGGAGUUCACUGGGAAUCAAUUUCGGUCGAACCUACCAGAUGACACUGUUAUUUCAUUAAGGGAUAUUGAAGAAUGCACAGCCCACUCAAAGCCAAGCAAUACCGACAGUACUGGACAAAUUCAGGCCAAUGAGGAAAACACUGCCAAUCAAGUACAGUCGAGCCUAACAGACACAGUUAUUCCAGUACCGGUUAUUCAGGAAUAUGCUACUGGUUAUUCACAGCUGAGCAAAGCUAACACCUCAAAUAAAAAACAGGCCAAUCAGGAAUACAUAGCUGAUCAAGUACAAUCGAGCCUAACAGACACUGUCAUUCCAGUACAAGUUAUUAAGGAAUACACAACUGGUUAUCCACAUAUUAAUAAAGCUGACAUUUCAAAUCAAAUGCAGGCCAAUCAAGAAAACACUGAUGAUCACUUAUAUUUAAGUCAAGUAGGCUGUGUCACUCAAAUGCAGAUAAUUGAGGAAAAUUUGCCCAAGCAACCUCAGCUGAGCCAAUCAGGCACUGGGGGUAGAAUACAAAUUGAUCUGGAAAGCACUACCAAUCACUUGCUACCAAACUAUGAUGAAAAUUCUAUGUUGCAAUGUGGUUUAUCUUGGGCUCCUGAACAGAACAGCGGAGCCCUUAGUACAGAUUUCUGGAAAAAUGUUGAAACUCAGGCUUCAUCGGUUUCCAUGCCAAUAAAUGGAGCACCUGUUGCAAGCUUUCCAGCAAAUGUUAGAUUCCACAAUGCAGCAGCAGCAGCAGAACCUGCUUUACCGCCACAGGUUGCUCCAGCUGAAGCAGGUUCUGAUCAGUCGGGGUUGGCCUUUCAAUCUGUUUUCGGAAACAUCUGGUCGGAUCCUUGCAUCGAGUUUGCUUUUAAGACCCUUACAGGUGACAUUCCUGUUCUGGACGACACAACGGCUGUCACAGACUACUUUCCGGAGCAACAAGACUUGAAUAAAGGCCCAGCACCAAACCGUGCAGGUUCUGUUGAUAAUUCCAGAAACCACACACAAGUCGAUGUGAACCUUCCACCACCUGCUCUGGAUGAUUUCUACAAUGGCAAUUGGUUCCCUCCCCAAUGAAUUCAGUAUGGGAGGAAACAAAUGCAAUAACAUUUUGUACCUGUGAAAAACAAAUCAGAGAAGGCUAAUGGCCAGAUUACAAAGCAAUGGUCGUGCGCUAAUGAUUUCUACAAUGACAGUUGGUUCCCUCCCCCAAUGAAUUCCGUGUAGGGAGGGGAAAAAUGCAAUGACAUUUUUUUAGCUGCGGAAAGGCAAAUCAGAGAAGGCUAGCGGCCAAAUCCCAAAGAAUCAAUCGUGCACUCUGAACUGAAUGUGUCAUCCCGGAGGACACAUUUUGUAAAAAAAAAAAAACAGUAGCUUUAUAGCCUUAUUAGACUGUUAAAACACACUCGACUGAUCUGGUUCCAUCAACAAGGCUUCACGGAGACUGUCGAGUACCUGAUCUGGGUCAUGUUUUCCAUAGUUUGCUUCUGUGCAGUUGCCUAAUAAGCCCAUUCGUUGUAAACUAGCUAGUUCUAACUUAAGAAAGCUCCCUCAGGGCCUAUGCAUGGGUCUCUGAUUAUUGUGCAGAUGAACUGUUGUUCUGGACAUUUUGAACAUGCAAAUGUGGAAGCGUCACUGUCAGUUGAAUUAUGUUUCAGCCGAAUUGAGAAGCGCUAAUCCGCUGUUUGUGUA